CCAGAUUCCGUAGCCAUUUCGGCUCAAGGUAACUACUUUGGCUGCGAAUCCGCAAUUGACCACUCACAGUCACGCCGCUUGGUUCCAUAUCGUUACGCCAGCUAACCUAUCGCGCAUCACCUCCUUGCGAGCAGCAUGCAGAAACGUGUGCUCUCGCUGCUGGUUUUGCUACAGCGCGCGGCAGCCAUUCAACACUCCUUUAAUGGUACCCGUCUGAGGCAGGAAGGGCUAGGCGGCAAUGGGCCCAGGAUCCCUUUGCAGCUUGUCAUGACGGCGAAGCAGGGGUCCAUCGCAGAGCUACCACCGGAGGUUCGAGUCAACGUUCGCAAUACCCUGCAGCUGAAUCCUCAUCUGCGGGUUCGAUUUCUAAAUGACUCAGAUUGCAGUGACUUCAUUGCUUCCAAUUUCGGAUCCGACCUGCACUCCGCGUACGUCAACGAGAAAUACGGGGCUUACCGAGGCGACAUUUGUAGAGCGGCGGUGGUUGCGCUCGAGGGUGGAUUUUACGCGGAUUUGGACAUGGAGUUCCGCGUUCCUUUCUCGGACAUGGUAGACGAGAAUACAUCUUUCAUGAGUGCAUUUUCUAAGGAUUGUGAGAUUCUGAACGCCAUUUUCGCGGCAGAGAGCGGCAGCAAGGUGAUGCAACGUGUGAUAGAGGCUAUCAAGGGUUGGUACAGUGGUAAUGAGCCGACUGAUGGAUUGAUGGGAAUUGUGACGAUGAUGCACGGGCUGCAGAGAGUGGUGCAAGAGGAGUGCCCAGAGGUAAACAUUCAGAGAGACAGUUCCCAGGGGAAAGAAGUUCAGUGCGGGCCUCACCAUAAUUUCCGGCUGUACAGGGAGCAGCAUUUCAGGUGCCCGAAGGGUUUGGGCAGAUGGGGUAAGGACCCACGCUACUUGGCGGCGCAUCCUGAGUGCACGCCGGCGCGGGCCAACAGCAACUUCAUCGGCGUGCAGUACGGCAUCUUCAGGCCCGAGAAGCAGGCGGUGCGGGGGCCUCUCCUGGCCUGGUCCCGCUUCGAGGCCUGCAAGUCGUGGGGCUGUGAGCAGGAUGGCAGGAGGGAGGCUUCGCCCGUUCCGGUGAUCUGCCGGGCGUAGCGGGGUCAUGCCGUUGUCGCGCAGGGGGGCCAGCCGCGAUCACAGUGUCGGACACAGAGGAGCACGACCUCCACCGAGCACAGUCUGAGAGGAGGGAGGUGGAGGAGGAGGGAAAGGAGGAAGACAGACCCCGAGGAGGCCGUAGCCACGAAACCCUCGAGGAGCUUCCGAGUUAGCGACCGCACGCGCUCCGUCUGCUGGCGUGGCAGUGCGUGACAUUUCAAGUCAGCGUGCCCGAGAGCGUCUCUCCUCCCCCUCCUGACACCCUCUCCCCCGCGUGACCGCACGUGCUCCGCCCGCCGGCGUGGCAGCGCGUGACACUUUUUUGCAUGUGUUUCAAGGCGUACGGAGCCCGCGUCGCCUUGUCAGCAAAGAAUGAAGGCCUCAUGACUGGCCAGAGGCGGCCAGGGCUGGCCACAUGCAUCAGGAGAUCCCCAACCCAGGACGGCCCUGUCGAUGACGCCGGCGCGAAACAAGGCGACGCUGACGAUUCCAUUCAUGCCUUAGGCCUGCGACUUGGAUGAGCUACACUCCCUGUUUUCAUAACCACACGUGCUCCGCCCACUGGCGUGAAAGCAAGUGGACACCGUUUACAGCCCGAAGCUCUUCUCAAUCUAAUCGCACUCCGUGGGUUCAAACCCUGGUCGCGCGUUCAUGUUUAGAAUUUGUUUUGGCAGAGGAUGUCUUCGGCAGUAGCAGGGGAGGUGCCAGCGCUGCGGUGAGAUCUCCCGCAACGAUGCAUUGUCUGUUCCCUUCUUUAUCAUAUUGUUGCGGUCACUCGCCACGGCUGAGGUUCUGGCAGCAUUAAAGCCGAUCGCAUCUGGUUGCCAAGCCUUGCCAGCACGUCAAGCUUCUGUGACGCCUUGAGGCGGAGGAACAAAAAAAAAUCG